AGUUCCACCAAUCCAAUGGGAGAGGAAGAGAAACAUAAACCAGUGGAGGGGAAGGAAGUGGAAGAAGAAGAAAAGAAAGGCGAAGAAUCUAAACAAGAACCAGCUCCAGUUGUUGUUGCUCAAGAGAUUAUCUUGAAAGUUCUCAUGCAUUGUGAAGGCUGUGCUCGUAAAGUUCGUCGAUGUCUCGUCGGAUUUCAAGGGGUUGAGGAUGUAAUGACGGAUUGCAAGAGCAAUAAAGUGGUGAUGAAAGGAGACAAAGCGGAUCCUUUGAAAGUUCUCGACAGACUUCAAAGGAAGAGCCACCGUAAAGUUGAGCUUAUCUCGCCGAUCCCAGAACCACCGGCUCCGGCGGAGGAGACUAAAGCAGAGGACAAAGAAAACUCUAAGCCUGAAGACAAGAAAGAAGAGCCUCCGGCGGCGGUCACGGUGGUGCUGAAAGUUUACAUGCAUUGUGAAGCUUGUGCAUUGGGAAUUAAGAAACGUAUUGAGGGAAUGAAAGGGGUGGAAUCAGCUGAACCGGAUCUAAAUAGUUCAGAAGUGACGGUAAAGGGAGUGUUUGAGCCGCCAAAACUGGUGGAGUACGUCCACAAGAGAACCGGGAAGAAAGCCGUGAUAGUGAAACAAGAAGCAGAGGCGCCGAAGACCGACGGAGAAGAAAAAGCCAAAGAUGACAGCAAAGAGGAGAAGAAAAGUGAAGAAAGUGGUGGCGAUAAAGACAAGAAAGAAGGUGGUGGUGGAGAAGAAGAAGACAACAUUAACAAAGACAAGAAACAAGAAGGUGAUGGUCAUGGUGACAGCAAAGAAGCCAACGCCGCCAUGUCCACCGACCCAGCACCGGCGGCGGAAGGUGCGACGGAAGAGACCAAAGUGGCGGUGGAAAUGAAGAAGAACGAAUAUUAUUAUUACCCGCCGAGGUAUGCCACUGAGUUCCAGGCAUACCCUCCGCAAAUUUUCAGUGAUGAGAACCCCAAUGCUUGUUCCGUGAUGUAAAAAACUCUACGGUUUAGGGGCAUUGUUGGAA